CAGUCAAGUAAACAAAUUUGGCACUGUUCGGAUUCUAUCGUUAUGUACAGACAGGACUUUGGACUAUUGCACCUGUUGUUCUUUUCUUUUUCUAAUUUAGUGACAUUAUACGACUACAGGAAUGGCAUCUGACGACGCUUUGAGAAGUGGUGUUAGAGCAAACCUUGCAGCAUGGAUACAGAAACUAGAAUGUGGAGGUGACUUAGAGAAACAGUCAUUCUUCAAGAAGAAGUUUAUACAGAGACUAAGAGAGUCACCUGUUGCUAUAGAUACCGACAAAGCUAAUGAACAACAUUAUGAAGUUCCAUCAGAAUUUUUCUUAACGGUCCUUGGGAAGAGGUUGAAGUACAGUGGAUGUAGCUGGCCAGCAGGUGUUAAUACAUUAGAAGAUGCUGAAGAUUUGUCUCUUAAAGAAAUAUGUGAGAGAGCAGGGGUGCAAGAUGGCCAGACAAUUCUUGAUUUAGGAUGUGGCUGGGGAUCUUUGUCUUUGUACAUAUGUGAGAAGUUCCCAAGAUGUAACGUUACUUGUGUAUCCAACUCUAACACACAGAGACAGUUGAUACAAGAUCGGGCAUUAGCAGGUGGUUACCAAGGGAAACUAGAAUGUAUUACAGCAGAUGCCAAUGUGUUCACUACUGCUAAAAGAUUUGACAGGAUUAUUUCAAUAGAAAUGUUUGAGCACAUGAAGAAUUAUGAGAUAUUAAUGCAGAGAGUAUCAUCAUGGUUAAAGCCCUCCGGAAAAUUGUUUAUACAAGUUCUGUGCCAUAAACUACACCCAUAUGCCUUCGAUACAAAACCUGGCUCAGACACUGAAUGGAUGGCAAAAAAUUUCUUCACCGGUGGGACCAUGCCCUCAGUAGACUUAUACUUGUAUUUCCAGAAUGGGGUUAGAAUAGAGGAUUACUGGAUCGUCAACGGGACAAACUAUAGUAAGACAUUAGAAGCAUGGCUAGAGAGAUUGGACCAGAAUAAAGACAAAGUGAUGAAGAUUUUGCAGAAAGCUUACGGAAAAGAUGCCGAUCAGCAACUGUUUAACUGGAGACUGUUUUUUAUAUUUUGUUCGGAAGUUUUCGGUUAUUCUGGUGGUAAUGAAUGGAUUGUAUCGCAGCACUUGUUCAAAAAGAACCAGUUAAGCUCAUUAUAAUGAUAUGUUUUCCUAGCUUACCUUCUAGACUUACAGCUUUAAUCAAGUUUUUAAUUAAUUUGAUUCAGUGUAAACACUUUGUAUGGGAAUAAUAAAUAUUAAUUUUUGUUUAAUACAGCAUCGAGUAUUUUGAUUUGGACAUUUUAAUAUAUUCAUAUAUUAUAAUCGCAUAGCUUACAAA